AUGAAAGAAGAACAGGAAGAUUUACCCAAUGACAAAAAAUCACAAAAAGAAAUAAAUAAUUCUGAUGAAGAUUCUGAAGCAUUAGACCUCAAUAGCUCUGAUUCUGAAUGUUUUAAGGAGGAUUUUCGUAAGUACCAGGGUGCUAUAGAUGAUCUAUCAGAAGAAGAUCUGCAUAGAUAUGAAACCUUUAGGCGAUCUAAUUUUCCUAAAAAUGUGGUUAAAAAAUUUAUAGCAAGUGUUAUUGGACAGGCUGUUAAUCCAAAUAUGGUUAUUGCUGUAAGUGGUCUCGCCAAAAUAUAUGUUGGUGAGAUGGUGGAACUGGCUAAACAAGUUCAGGAAGAAAAAAAUAAUAAUGGGCCAUUAUUGCCUUCUCACAUUCAUGAAGCACACAGGCGUAUGUAUGGUAAAUUACCACACACCACUGUUUUUAAACGACCACCAUGGGAUUAA